AUGAAAAAAAUUAUCCUUUUUCUUGUUCCAGCCUUCCAUGCUCUAAGCACUAAUGCUCAUCUAGUCAAGUUUAACGAGCAAGAGUUGCCAUUUCAAGUGCAGGAUGAGGAUUUGACUGCCCAUUCUAAUGGACAAAAACAAAAGUCAUUGCUAUACCAGUUGUACGGAGAAUUACUAUAUCCACGGAAUAAAAAUGACAUUGAUGCCGCUGUCAAUUCACCCAGAGAAACCAAGAACCAAAGGGUAUUGAUUAAUAUUGAUCCUGAAGAAACUGAUGAAGAGUUUAAAUCGAUGUGCUCCUUUUAUAACGAAUAUGACCCCGAUUAUCCAGACGAUGAUUUUGAAGAUGAUCUUGUACUAUUUUCUGGUAUUGUUUCUUUUGCACAUGUACCAAUCGCUCAAUGCUUCAAGAACUCCUCACUAGCUAUGGACAUUGCAAUUGUCGGUGCACCGUUCGACACUUCUGUAUCCUAUAGGCCGGGUGCUAGAUUUGGACCAAAUGGAAUAAGACAGGGUUCAAGACGAUUAGGAAAUGGGAUAUCACCAGUAAGAGGGUUCCCUGGUUCGAGGUUGCGGAAAUUGGAUCCAUACCAUUCUGGAUACUCCAUCGUGGACUGUGGUGACAUUCCGAUGACUCCAUUUGAUAACAAGGUGGCCUUAAAUCAAUUAUAUAGAGGUCAAAGAGCUUUACACAAUCACAAAUCUCUACAUCAUCCAGAAAACCCUCCUCGGAUUAUCACACUUGGCGGAGACCAUACUAUUACACUAAUGGCUUUGAGAUCAGCUUAUGAAAAGUAUGGAAAAUUAUCAGUGAUUCAUUUUGAUUCUCAUCUUGACACAUGGGAUCCAAAAGUCAUUGGAGGGAAUAUCUCUAAAAGAGCAGGUUUGAAUCAUGGUACUUUCCUUCACUUCGCGCAUGAAAACGGUUAUCUAAGCGAUGAUAGUAAUGUUCAUGUUGGUAUUAGGGCCCCUUAUGUGGCGCCAGGAUUUUAUGACGAGCAGCAUGAUUAUGAAUGUGGGUUUGACAAAAUAGUGGCAAGGGACCUUGAUAUCAUAAGCAUUCCAGAAGUUGUGUCAAAUAUAAAAACACGUGUUGGGGAUGGACCUGUCUAUAUAAGUGUCGACAUUGAUGUUGUCGAUUUGGCAUCAGCUCCAGGGACAGGAACUCCAGAAACAGGUGGCUUAACUUCUAGAGAACUUCUUACAAUACUAGAUGGCUUAGAAGGACUCAAUGUUGUUGGUGCGGACAUUGUUGAAGUUCUACCAGCAUUUGAUACCAAUGGGGAUAUCACAACUCUCAUUGCUGCCCAAGUUGUGGAUUCGAUUUUAGGGCUAAUGACUGUUGAUUCCGUGCAAGAAUAA